AUGAGCGACGAUGAGCUGGAUCUGGAGCUAUUGGCCCUCUUACGACAAAGUUUGGGAAUCAAAGACAAGACGGACGAAAUUUCGCGAGACACCGGCAUUCUCGACGAUGCACGGUACAUAUACAACAACGCAAUCGAUGUCUCCAUUAGCAUGUACGGCACCAAGGAUGCCGCUGCUGUACUGAACAGUAAAAUGCGAGAGCGAUCGUAUUCCUUCGACGAUUGGACCAAGCUCGAAUUGCAUCCGAGAUUAAGCGAUGGCUUCGACGAAAUCGACGUUAUCAACUUCGUCUGGACUCUGGAUUUGUUGAAUUUCUCCUUCUGGUCGGACCUGCCCGAAGACGAACGCUUCCAAGUCGACUACCGCAAUCAAAGAUGGACUGGCUACAACAGUUUAGUCGCUUGUCUGCGACGUGCGUUGGAUGCACAGAUACCUAUCACGACGCCGCGUUUCUGGCAGGACAGGCGAUGCACUGAUGAUCUGCUCAGGCACAUAUUCCGAAGUGCUACUCAUGAGGAAAUGCCAUUGCUCGAUGAACGAAUCACAAUACUUCGGCAGACAUCGCUUCAGUUGUCCAAAGUUUGUCUACUAGAACCCGAUUAUGCAGUGUGUCGGGUGAUCGAAGCUGCACAAGGGAGCGCUGGAAAGUUGGUCAAUUUGCUGGCAAAGCACUUUUCAGCGUUUCAUGACGACGCUCGGUUCGAAGGUCGUCGUGUGAGGUUUCUGAAGCGCGCACAAAUCUUUGUGGCCGAUGUUUGGGCUGCAUUGCGAGGUGCUGGACGUGUCGCGUUCGACGAUGUCGACCAAUUGACCAUGUUUGCAGAUUAUCGUGUACCGCAGAUGUUGCAAUCGCUCGGGGUAAUGGUCUACAGUCCACCACUGGAACAUCACAUUCGCGACCGUAAACAAAUCGCGGUCGGCCACAGUUGGGAGCUGGAACUUAGAGGCUGUGCCAUCUGGGCGAUUGAACUGAUCCGGCGCGAGAUCGUACGUCAGCAUCCCGCGGCUAACGUCAAUGCGGUGCUAUUGGACUUUUUCCUGUAUGAUCUCGCCAAGGAGCGCGAAGCGAGUGCUGCACUUCCGCACCAUCGCACGCGAUCAAUCCGAUACUAG